AUGGCCGAACCCCGCGUCCGCGCCCGCCCCCACGGCCUCUACUUCUCCCAAACCGACCUCACCGAGCUCCUCCACGCCUUCGGUGACCCGGCCACAACCACCUACCCAACCUCCACCCAGAACCGCACCACCUCCAACGCCCCUCUCGACACCACCCUCUCCACCCUCGACGAACUUCUCACAACCUUCAUCCUGGAAACCUGCCACGCCGCCGCCCAAUCGGCAUCCUACUCCCGCCGCGCCAAAAUAAAAGUCGACGACUUCAAGUUCGUGCUGCGGCACGACGAGAGGUUGUUGGGAAGGGUUCUGGAGCAGAUGUGGAAGGAGAGGGGCAUUAAGGCGGAGAGGCGGAUGUUUGAA